GGUUCGCUCUACCCGCCGCUCUGAGGCACGGACCCCUGGGUUCCCUCACACACACAACCCCGGGCGGCUCCCGGUCCCUCAGGAGGCCUCGGAGCCUCUUCCCCGAGAUCCCUGCCCGGCACCCGAACCCUCUCUGGGCGCCAUGGAGCGGCGGCAGGAGGUGAAGGCCCUGCUGAAGCGGUGGGAGGCGGAUUUCCUGCGGGAGCGGCGGAGGAAGCCCAGCCAGGCUGACAUCGAGGCGGCUCCGGAGGACACCAGACGGCUCUACAAGGAGUACAGGAUGCUCAAGCAGCAGAGAGAGGAGUCAGAUCCCUCCCAGCUCAGUCCCUCCUGCCAACUGGCAGCCCCAGAGCAGGUGCUGGAGUCCGGUUGUUGGGGCGCACACCUGAACCGACAGCCGAAAACCCCCAGGCUGAGCCGCCGCAGCUGCGCUGUGCCGAAAGCCUCGGCACAAUACUACGGGAUGAAGCUGAAAUCCAACCUGGGAGCUGCCGGGAAGGAGACACCCCUGACCCCGAGGAGGACCCCCACUGUCAGGCGAACCCUGGCUGUCCCUGGGCUUCAGACAAAUUUGGGGACAAGUGACAAAGCCACAGCGCCGGCGGAGGCUUCGCAGAGUGAGGGAGGCGAGCCAGGAGAUCUCCUCCUUCCUCCCUCAGUGUCGGGGUUGGCCCCCAUCGUCCUCGCUGCAGGGUUGAAGCCCCCCCCUGCUGCCGCCCCAAAUAAAUUCCAGCAGCUGAAGCGGACGGUGGCACAGAGACUGGGCUCGCUGGAUCCUGGCUGGCUGCGGAGGUGCCAGGGGACACCGGGGGAUGAAGGGACAAUCCUGGGUGCCACGCAAGAGAGGGAGCGGGGAGAGAUCGGAUGUGCCCCCCCAGAGCAGGAUGGAGGCGGUGGGAUACCAUCAGUGGAAGAUUCCGGGAGGAAAAGGCCACGCGGAGAUGGUGGAGAUGGUGCGGCGGCUCCCGCAAAGCUCAGGCGGUGCCGCCGGGACUCAGCCAAGGCAACAUUCGGCGCUGCCAGUGGGCUGAAGCAGAGUGAGGAGGAAGAGGAGGAGGAAGAAAAGUGUGCGGCAGCCCAAAAGGAGAGCGGGAAGGUGUCAGAUCCCUCGGAAAACAUCCUGGGGGAGUUGGAGGAGGAGGAGAAGCCCAGACCCACCCGCAGAGCUGGUGCUGCCAGAGCACCUGCGCAGAGAGGCGGCAACUUCGUCAGGCUUAACCUGAAGAAGAAAUCUUACGUCCGAGGAUACGCCCUGCGGGGAAAUCGCCUUCGCAAGCAGGUGUGGAAGCAGAAGUGGAAGAAGAAAGCAGAGCAGUUCGGAGGAGGCAGCGGAUCCAUCGACCGAAGCUCGGACGUCUGCUUCAGGUGCGGCGGGACGGGGCACUGGGCAUCAGCGUGCCAGGGCCGAGGGACCCAUUUCCCACCUGCAGAGUCAGCUGCCGGCCCGCUGCCGGAGGAGAGCGGCUGCGCGGAAGAAGAGGAAGAGGCUCCCCUGCCCACGCUGGAAGAAGUGGCUCGCAGGACCAACACCGUCUGCCGAGAGCUCUCCUUCUCUGGUGAGGCCCCGGCUUGCUGGCCUGCCAGCUUGCCUCGCUCUCCGCUGACACGCUGUGGCUGGCUCCGGGAUGAACUCCAGGAGAUGUGGAAUCGUUUCCUUUUCCCUGUGGGAAGUUUGUUUGCGCUCCCGGGAGGGUUUGCCUGGCAUCAAAAGGUGGCUUCAGCGGCCUGGGUUUACGCUGGGAUGUGUCUCCUCCGGGAACGCCGGCCUAAAAUACAGGCAGGCUCACUGUGCGUGCUCCUGCGUGGCAGUGGGUGUCCAGGCAGGGUAGGAAAAGCUGCCUGCAGUUCCCGAUUGCUGCCUUCAUCCCUGGCAGAGAACGGAACCAGCGACCAGGAAAGAUCCGAGAAGGUUUUAGAGGCAACGACUUACCUGGAUGUACGGAAGCCGGUGUACCAGCCGCCCGCCCCCCCUGCACCCAUGGAGCCCCUCUAUGGCCUGGGGCCGGAGGGGAAGGUGCGAGAGACCCCGGAGGAGGUGUUUGAGGCUCUGAAGGCGCUGGGCUACAGCUCCUUCCGCCCGGGCCAGGAGGUGACCGUCAUGAGGAUCCUCUCCGGCCUGUCCACGCUGGUGGUGUUAUCGACGGGGAUGGGGAAGUCCCUCUGCUACCAGCUCCCCGCUUACCUCUACCACAAGCGCUCCCAGUGCCUCACCUUGGUCAUCUCCCCGCUGGUGUCCCUGAUGGAUGACCAGGUCUCGGGGCUGCCGCCGUGCCUGAAGGCCGUCUGCAUCCACUCCAACAUGACCAAAGCCCAACGGGAAGCGGUGAUGGAGAAGGUGAGGCAGGGCGAGGUGCAGGUGCUGCUGCUGUCCCCCGAGGCCCUGGUUGGCGGAAGCGGAUCGGGAUCCGGCUGCCUGCCCUCCGCCGAUCAGCUGCCGGCCGUGGCCUUCGCCUGCAUCGACGAAGCUCACUGCGUCUCCGAGUGGUCCCACAAUUUCCGUCCCUGCUACCUGCAGCUCUGCAAGGUUCUCCGGGAUCGCCUGGGCGUGCGUUGCUUCCUGGGCCUGACGGCAACCGCCACCCUGGCCACGGCACGGGACGUGGCCCAACACCUCGGCAUCCCAGCAGAGGAAGGGAUAGCCGUGCGUUCCGCCGCCGUGCCCCCAAACUUGCACCUCUCUGUCUCGAUGGACAGGGACAGGGAUCAGGCCCUCAUCGCCCUGCUGCGAGGGGAACGUUUUGGGUGCCUGGACUCCAUCAUCGUCUACUGCACGAGGCGGGAGGAGACGGCUCGCAUCGCGGCGCUUAUCCGGACCUGCCUCCAAGGAAUGCUGCUGAAGGAACCCGCCGGAGCUAAAGAGCCAGGACGGGAUGCUGCCGAAAGGAAGAAAGUGAAGGGUUAG